GGGCGGUUAAGAAGACUCAUGUGCGUCGUUUGCAUGCGGCGGAGAUGCGGAUGUUAAGAUGGAUGUGUGGGAAGACAAGGUUGGAUAGGAUUUCGAACGAAGUUAUCCGACGUUAGGUAGGCAUGGCACCGGUGGAGGAUAAGUUGCGGGAAGCGAGGUUGAGAUGGUUUGGGCAUGUGAGACGGCGGGAUGUUGAUGCUCCUGUGCGGAGGUGCGAGAGGAUCACGGUUAUCGGGGGAAGUAGGGGAAGGGGUAGACCUAGGAGGAAUUGGAAGGAGGUGAUUAGGCAGGAUUUAGGACUUCUCACCCUGACUGAGGAUAUGGCCUUAGAUAGGAACCUUUGGAGGACUAGGAUUAGAGUAGCUGGUUAGGAGCUCGGUGCUGUAGAGGUUGAGCCGGGGGUCUCUUGGAA